CUCGGUCCAAAGUCAACAAACAGCCAGAGUUUAAGAUGAAGGACUCUAUCAGCGCCUGCUCUUAUAAGCAACUCUAUGAAAAUGUGAAGCGCGUGUCAAAAGGCGGGGAGUGCUUCUGCAAGGAACUGAUGACUGUUUUGCAGCAAAGGGCUGAGCUGGAACACAUUUAUGCUAAAGGGCUGCAAAAACUGGCUGGAAAACUCAUGAGGGCUUCCAAAGGCAUGAGCAGCAACUCCAUAUUCAGCGCCUGGUGUCACGUGUCAGAUGAGAUGUACUCACGAGCGGAUGCCCACAGGUCGUUGGGGAAUGCGUUUCAGCAGGAGGCCAUUCUGGAACUACGUCAGGUCUUAGACGAGCAUAACAAGAGAAAGAGGCCUCUGGACAACGCCAUUGAGAGGACAGGAAAACUUGUUAUGGCCAACUGGAGCGAGCAACUCAAGACAAAGAAGAAACUUGUUGGAUUAACGAGGGAGCACGAGGCUUUGUUCAACUUUGUAGAGAACAAUAAACAAAUAUGUACAGAGAAAGAAAAGCAAAAGAUGCUGAAUAGGCUGACCAAGUCGGCAGAGCUACAGACUCGCGUGGACGAGGAGUAUUUUCAUACCAACAUGGAGGGCCAUCAGAUGAGACUGAAGUGGGAAAACACACUCAAAAACUGCUACCAGAUCUUACAGGAGCUGGAGAAACAGCGAAUCGAAGUUCUUUGCAACGUUGUGACCCGAUACAACCUGCACAUGUCCAGUUUUGGGCAGACCCUCAAACAUGGACAAAAGCAGAUAGAACUGCUGGUCCAGAGGGUGGACAUGGAUAAAGACAUACAAACGCUGCUGAAGGAGAACAACAUCACAACAGCAGACAACAAAGCUGAAUUUCUGAUGACUGAUUAUUAUGAGGAAGACAGCAAAUCACUGAUGGCCAAAGAACGAAGAAUAGAAGCCGUUCAAGUCAAACUCCAUCGCCUCGAGGAAAGUAUAUCAAAAGCAAAGAAAGACUGUGAAGGCAUUGAAAAGCUGAUGAAAAUCUAUGCUGAAAACCCUUCCUUUUCCAACCAAAGAAACAUAGAGGAGACAGAGCAGCAGCUUGACGAGAGCAGUCUGAAGCUGGAUCUACUGGAGGCCACUCACUAUAAACUCUCUUUAUCUCUGUGUGAACUGGAAGGGAAACCCAAGCCCUUCCACCGAUUUAGUGACAGCAUUGUCAAGUGGAAAGAUAAGGACUGUGAGCACAGUGUGGUGCAGCUGACUCGGCCGGUCAAACUAAGGAAGACUCCCUUCAGAACAAGACACUCGCUGAGAGCGUCCAUCAUCUACAAGGGACCCGUUCAAACUACCACGUGUCCGCCAGCUGAGCCUUUGCCCAGUGGCCAGCUCUCCUGUGCCGUGCUGGCACAGGGAUCAGAGGACGUUGUUGGGACUCCAACACAUGUGCAUGACGACAAAGAACAUGGUCAGAGAGCGCCAGACGUUUGCCGUGUUGGCCAAUGCAAGGCUUUAUAUAGCUUCACACCUACACACCAUGAUGAAUUAACUCUGAAAGAAGGUAUGAGGAAAAUGUAAAACAAGGAAGACAGCCAAAUGAAACUAAAACAUACUGUGUGUUUCACAGGGGAUCUACUGGACAUUUACACAAAGGAAGAGAAUGGCUGGUGGUUUGGGGCACUUAAUGGCCAGACAGGUCAUUUCCCAUCCACAUAUGUUGAGGAGCUGCCUGCGCUCAGCUGUGUCAAAUAAUCAGAAGCCUGA